AAGCGGGAGUAGGAGCUGGAAUGGAAGGAGCCAGAAACAGAGGGAGCCCUUCCCACGGUCAGGUCGUCGCAUCGCCUUUCCCCUCCUCCGCCUGCCUCGCUCGCUCUCCGUCCUCCGUUCGGCACCACCAACCGAGGUGAUUGAUUGUAAUUGUUUGCAGCUCACACAUCCAGACCGACAAGUCAAACCGUUGAUCUGUUCAGGCACUAAUCAAACUCAACAGCCAAGUUUCAUGUCUGAUCUUGACGUCCAGCUUCCAUCUGCUUUUGAUCCGUUUGCAGAGGCAAGUGCUGAUGACUCCAGCGCUGGUGCUGGAUCAAAGGACUAUGUGCAUGUGCGCGUACAGCAGCGCAACGGAAGAAAGAGUCUGACAACUGUUCAGGGCUUGAAAAAAGAGUACAGCUAUAACAAGAUCCUCAAGGAUCUCAAAAAGGAAUUCUGUUGCAAUGGUACUGUAGUCCAGGAUCCAGAGCUGGGCCAGGUCAUUCAACUUCAAGGUGAUCAGCGUAAAAAUGUUGCUACUUUCCUAGUCCAGGCUGGAAUUGUAAAGAAAGAGAGCAUCAAGAUUCACGGAUUUUAGGCGGCAACACAUAAAUGCUUGUCUUCAAUCACAUGAUACCAAGUAUUUGAAGCUUGGAAGUCAUCAUAAUAUCAGAUUUCUCUAUCUUUGUCUGAACGUUUGAGUUACUAUUGGAUUGAGAAGUUUUUUAUUGAUGUAAGUUGUCCUUUCAGUAUGGUUUGUAAGCGCUACCUGCGUGAACAUAUUGUUUGUCUGGGGUACUGUCUAAGACUAAAAAACAAUAGUCGCUGUUUGGGUUCGUUUAUGAUAUUUCCCUUCUGAUGUGCUUUCUGAA